AUGAUGGGUCACAAGCAUCUGAAGUCGACCGGUUGGAAUAGAAGUUUGUCGCAACAUGAUUUCGAGAUAUUCUUCGAUCCUGCCAUCUCGCUUGAGAACAGGUCAGAAGCAGACGAAAGCUUUCAUGUAGCCUAUGAAAACCAAGAGGAUUGCUACCCUCGUCUACUUUCAUCCCGCCUCAUACGGAGACGUCAAGGCCCUUUUCGAUUGAAGAUAGUUGACAUCUUCAACUCCGCGCGGAAGGAUUUCAGGUUACUGCAAGUUCUUCAGCUCCUCGGCGCCCGAUGCUUUCACGGCGAGGUGUAUGCAGGGAGGACGCUUGACCGGAGGAAGAAGAAGAAUUCUGAGACUGGAUCCAUUGAAUGGCAGGAGGUCUACGAUGACUUGUCGGACUCUUCGAGGCCGGAGGAUGUCGGGGUAGCAGAAGAGGAAGCCAAGAACAAGGAGCUGCUGGAUUAUCUCUCAUCUGUGGCUUCAAAGAAUGGCAACAGUCUGCAAGACAAGCUCAUCUUUGCUAGGAACAACAUCUUUAGGAAUGAAUCGUGGAGGGUCUUCUGUUCGAGGCGCCCGUUUUCAUCAGCGGUGACUUUGAGAUGGAUGCAGAUGGUUCUCUUCGUCGUCGGUCUGCUCUUCCUGCUUCGACCGCCCAAUGCGAUCUUGUUUGCUCCCUGGUCUCAAGUCCAAGAGCUGGAGAUGCAAAGCUUCUCUCUCGUGCGCUUUCAAGCGUUACAACUUCGCAACGGUGCAACGGGGAAGGCGAUCACAAGCGCUGGGAUCUCUUCUUUCGGCAUCAUGCGAGGAGGCUGCCCUCUACUCCAUACCAACGCGUCUGCUGCUGACGGCAGCUCUGAAAUCCUCUUCUUUCCUUCUCCGACGUCCUUUGAUGGCUGGUUCCUGACCACCGGGAAAGGGCCUGUAGAUCAAGACCCCGUGAAGUUCGCGCUAGAGGGAUCACACGACGGCGUUAAUUGGCGACUGAUCACGCUCUCCAAACAGUGCGGAAAUCAUCGAGGAGAAAUACUCUCCUCCAGGCAGCAAGUCCUCUCCGACGUCCCUGAGUUCCAUCUACCUGCUGCCAGAAACGUCGCGGUUCCCUUCAAUUUCAUCGAUUUCGAUUGCCUAUGGCCGGAAUACGCCUACAUCGUUGCCAGGGCGAUCUCCGGCCUCAUCAUGCUGGCAGCAGCUGUUGUUGCGUUCCUCGAGAAGUACAGCAUCCCCGUGAAGAUCAUCUCCUUUGGCUUCACCUUCCUCUACCUGUUGUCGUUGUGCUCGAGCGCCGUCCUCAUGGCAAAUGGCCACGAUUACAAGCUCUCUGUCUAUGGCAACCCCGUCAGUCUCCUCAUCGAGGCGUUGGUGGGCAUCACGAUCUUUCCAGUGCCGCUCAUCGUCAGCGAGGCGCUUGUCUUCGAGCAGACCAUCUGCUCUAGCAUGAUUCUCAUAGUCUCGGGUUUCACUCUCGCCAAGUCAGAGGACUGGCCUGUCAUCUCCAUCGUCAUCCUCGCCACCGUCUUGUUCCUUGUGGUCCUUAGGGAGCGCAUUCGAUGGAACGGCAGGAGGAUCAUAUCCGGGGACGUGAAGCUCUUUGAGAGCGAGUGGAGGGAGUUGCUGGAGCAGGGAGAGACGUUGCUUGUGCUCGACAAGGUCAACAAGGUGGCGCGGGCGAUGGUCAAGAGCGACAGCUCAACUCUGACUCCCAGACAGCAAACUAUGAUGACGUCGACGAUGGCGUGCGUGGAAGCUCCGUCUUUCCGCGUGCGAUCCACCAGAGAUCUUCUUGACGGUCCGACUGGGUUGGUGUCAUCGCGCCGCCUCCACCUCUGGGAGCGAAACAGCCCCAUGUUCUCCUCGUUGAUCGCCAAGUUCAACGUCUCCAGCCAGCGCGCAUGGACCCACGUGCGGGGCUGGGUGGUCUCAGCGCCGUGGAGGAGGAGGAGGAGGAGAGGAGACGACGAGCUGCAAGAGGUUCAGGUGAUGACGCAGGGCAACGAGGCGAACUUGCGAGUGGCCGGGCAGGAGGGCCUGAGGGAGCGACAAGAGGCUUCGCUGACCACACAGGAACGCCUUGCGGCGAUUAUGCAGCAGAGGAGCUGCUUCCCCGGCGACCUGCUUAUGUCGCGACUGUCGGAGUUUCGUCUGGCGGUCAAGAACGCUGACACGGCGAGCGUGCUCUUCACGGACAAUCCUGUCUUUCUCUCCAUCCACAAGCCCUGGAUCAGAAGCAUCAUCGGGCUCGCCGGCAUCUACUUCCUCUACUACUUCUUCAACCCCCACGGAAGCCUCCAGCAGGCUCUGGGCACCAACAAGUUCUCAGCUCGCUCGGUGUCGCUUGAGUUCGCGGACCCUCCGGCCCCUCCCCUCAGCCUCGUUGCUGACUUUGCGCUCACGCGCGAUGGCUGCAGGGUCCCAGCUGAGACCGUCACCCAGCUUGGCACUAAGACGAUUCGCAUCGACUACACUGAUGAUGUAACGGCAAACGGUUACACUCUGAGCACUCGGCCAGCAUCCUCGUCAGAGGUCACGAAACUUGAGUUCUCCAUCUCCUACUCGUCUAGUAGCAACCAGACCUUCGCCCUCUCCGCCGCUCCCUGCCGCUGGGGCAUCGACUACACGGCCUGCAUGGCUGUCCCUGUCGGGCACGUGGAGGCAGGAAAGAAGCUGGUGAUCGAUAUACGCCCGCCCUGGUUCUCCAUCCUCGGCACUUGUGUUGUCUACAUUCCCAUCUUCAUCGGCUGCCUCGCCGUGCCGGUGCUGACGCAGCAGGGGAAGACGAUGGCGCCGACAGCAGCCUUCUCCUUCUGCUUCUGGGCCCCCGGGUUGAUGGAGCUCAUCACAGCUGGAGCCUUGGCGAGGUCGGAGCAUGCUCAGGACAGCUUCUACUGGUGGGUCAUCGGACUGACCUCCCUCAUCUUCGGCUACAUCGUGCAGUUCGAAGGCAAGCGCUUCAUUUCCUUCAUUCCCUUCAACUGGGGCUUCAACAUCAGCGGUCUCAUCCUCUACAACCUUGUCAUCAUCACGCCCUCCCACGCGACCUCGUGGGUUCCCAUUAGCGCCACUAUCAUGAUGGGCUUCUGGGUCGUCUUGAUCAGCCUUCGGCAGUACGUCCUCUUCAAGUCCUGGCAUGCGAUCGCCCCGGACAAGCAAAAGUACGACAGAGCGUGGGAGGAGCUGAGGGCGAGGGAGGAGAACAAGAUGGAGAUCGACAAGCUUGCCAAGGUGGUCGCGCGACAGGACACGAAGAACAAGUUGGUGCGGCAAGCCUUUGCUGCGUCCUCUGCUCUCCUCGCCGACUCUGAGGCCCAACACUGUAAGUUCCUCGAGACAUACGAGGGCGUGCAUCCCAAUCCUCUGCUCUGCCGCGUCAAGCUGCUCGUUCUCGAUCGCUUCAUGACCCUCAAGACGGCUGACGGGCACAAGCGAUACGUGGAGUUCCGAAACAAGCGAUGCGAGUGA